AUGGUGACAGCACUACUUCCGGCUAUCACUGCUAAUCAAGAUAUCACCAAAUGUCCGGUUCCCGGUAUUGCCGAACCUCAGAAUGGCGUGCCCAAUACCACCAACACCACCUCUGAUUUGCCUAGCAAUGGCCAAUCCCAUCGAGAAACAAAGCAACUACGCUCAAGAGGCUCUGCACCCCGACUGGCCGGGUACGUCGGCAUGCUGACAGGCUGCGGAGCUCUGAUCGCCCUUCUGGUUUUCUUACCUCUGCCAGUACGUUUUCAGAAGGCUGGGUAUUCGCCCGUGCAAGCUAUCAGGCUCAGCUUUUAUAUUGUUGGCCUUGUAGCACUUGUUGUUUCCGUUGUAUGUUUUUUCGGAUUACGUGGUCUUCGAGGGGAUGAAGGGAAAUCUUUCAAGUCUCUGCUUGGCUUCCUUCAGAAAGCCGACAAUCCACACAGCGAGGAGCAAACCAUAAUGAAUACAGGGAAACCUGUUGGCUCCUCUUCGCGGUCUUAUCUAACCCAGUUUACCACUGCCUUGAAAGCGGGAGUGACAAACUAUAAUAUCGGGCUAGCCUACAUUGGUGGAUUUGUAGCGCGGUCGUCCUCCGUCGGCAUCUCCCUAUUUAUCCCACUCUACGUGAAUCAAUACUAUCGACAUUUCGGCCUCUGUCAUGAAGGUGAUACGUCUGCUGGGACUCGACCCUUCAGUGAGAACCCGGGCGAUAUCAAACAAUCCUGCCCCCGAGCCUAUGUUGUUGCGUCAAUCUUGACUGGCGUGUCGCAGCUAGUGGCCUUACUAUGCGCACCCUUGUUUGGCUACUUAUCCGAUAAGUCGCGCAUGUAUAAUUUCCCCUUAUUAGCGGGCGCGCUUUUAGGGUCUCUGGCUUAUAUCAUGCUGGGAUUGCUACCAAGUCCUCAAAUCAACGGCCCACAGGGGAAUGCAGCCAUAUUUCUCGACAUGGCGUUUAUUGGCAUCAGCCAGAUUGCCGCCAUAGUCUGCAGUCUGGCUAUCUUGAGUAAUGGUAUUAAUGGUAUUCUCCCGGCUGCAGGUAACACAGAGCAGGAAAGCCACGAUGACACACCAAAUGAGCGAGUCAACCCAGGAGCAGUGGAUUCCAACGGACAACGGAUAAUUGAAACUACAAACGAAUGCUCCCCCUUACUAUCCGGCGAUAUACGUCCCCCUACUUCGCCACAGAGCUUCGUUCACAUCAAGGGUUCGAUAGCUGGCAUGUAUUCCCUUUGGGGAGGUGCUGGUAUACUCAUUCUUACCAAGGUUGGCGGACUCAUGUUUGAUAAGCUCGCGCCACAAUCUCCCUUCUAUAUCCUCGCCAGCUUCAAUGCAUUACUCCUUGUCAGUGGUUUAAUUAUCGGGCUCAGGCAGCACUGGGACUCAAGACUUCGGCGUUGA